AUGGAUACCUCACCAUCAGAAACAAACAAUUCUCCUCCUGAAAAACGUGGAAAAGUGGAGAUGGAAAGCGAUAAUGAGGAUAAAGAUGACACUGCUUUAAAUGAACAACCUUUGAGAGCAGAGAUUAAUUUAGAAAUUGUUGCGAGUGAAGCAAAUGGUGGAGCUAGGCCUUCACAUUCUGUCCCGCUUUUGUCUAUUCCAUUUCAACGACGUCCAGCUUUUGAUAGUGGCCAUAGAAUUACACGUCUUGGAGGUAAAUAUCAUAUAAUUUUGGCUGUUACGGGAAGUGUUGCUGCUAUCAAAACAAAUGAACUUAUACAAGAACUUAAACGUCAAUCACCGCCUAAUAAGCUGGUUGUUGUAACAACUCAAAGUGCUCUCAAUUUCUUUGACCCGAAGGAGAUGGGUGAUGUAACUGUAUAUGAAGAUCGAGAUGAAUGGAACAUGUGGAAGAAACGUGGAGAUCCUGUUUUGCAUAUUGAGCUUCGUAAAUGGGCAGAUUCACUAGUUAUUGCUCCUUUGGAUGCUAAUACACUUGCAAAAAUUGCUAAUGGCUUUAGUGAUAAUUUAGUAACUUCUUUAAUUCGUGCUUGGGAUCAGAAGAAGCUUUUGUAUUUUGCACCAGCAAUGAAUACUGCAAUGUGGGAAAAUCCGUUAACUUAUCAACAUUUGAAGACGUUGAAGGAACUUUUGCUUUAUAGGGAAAUUCCACCAAUCGAAAAAGAACUUAUGUGUGGUGAUAAAGGUUAUGGAGCAAUGGCGUCACCUCAAAUGAUUGCUUCAAUUCUUGCUUCUGAUAUUAAAAAUAAAUUUGCAGUAUAUUCCUACUCUGAUUAUUAA